CCCCAUCCAGACGAGGUGACCUUGAAAUCCUUGGAUACUGCAUGCUGCAAUGGUUAUGUGGGAAGCUACCCUGGGAACAGAACCUGAAGAACCCUGUAGCUGUCCAGACUGCAAAAACAAAACUUAUGGAUGAGCUCCCAGAUUCAGUGAUGGAAUGGGAUUCUUCUGGAAGCAGCUGCAGUGAAAUAGCCAAGUUUUUGGCAUGUGUUUAUGGCUUAGCUUAUGAUGAGAAGCCAAAGUAUCAAGUGCUCAAGAAAAUCCUGCUGGACGGACUAGAGUCAAGUGGAACUCACUACGACGGCCCUCUGGAAUUUUCCGCUGCAGCGUGCACGCAAAAUCACCGUGCUGCUAAAGUGUCACAAGUUUGCUUACCGAAGCCUGUGCCAAAACCAGUUCAGCAGAAGCAAAAAAAGAUGGAAGGUGAAGAAUACAUCUGUCAAAACAAAGCCUGUACUGGGGUAACAGGCAAACAACUCCAGGAGGAAGAAAAGCCAAGUAAAUUAAACAGGAUGCUUCACCAAACAGAGCCUCAGCAGGUUCACUUACCGAAGUCUUCACCAAAACCAGUGCAACAGAAGCAAAACAAGGUGAAAGAGGAAGAACGUAACUGCCUAAGCAGGGCCCAUGCUCGGGUAACACGCUGGCAAUUCCAGGCCGAAGAAAAGCCAAAUGAAUUUUACACUAUGACUCCGGAGCCUGACCGCCCCCAAAAGAAAGACACUGCAAGAGAAUUUCCACCAUUCAACCCCCAAGCAGUAUUCUCAGAAUCCAAAAAGAAACACGAUCAGCUCCUAACUACAGAUCAUCCAGGAUCAUUGCAAGAAAUUGGUUCUGCCAUCACUAGUCCUUCUUUAUCUAUUAUACUUGGGUUUGCGUUUACUGAUGACGCAUACCACUACAGUAUAGCUAUACUUGUCCUUCUGCUACUAAUAUUACUUUCCUUGCAUUUUCUUUGA